GACGAUGAAGGAAAAAUCAUGUGGUCAAAUAUAGACUACACAGAAACUUGGUCUGCUCUCGAACACGCGGUCAACAACGGUAAGGUAAAUUCGAUUGGAGUAUCGAAUUUUAACCCUGACCAAAUUGAAAGAUUGUUGAAAUGCUCUCAUGCGCCUUCCGUCAAUCAGGUUGAAUGCCAUCCAUAUUUCAGUCAGAAGAAGUUGCUAGAAUGGUGCAACGAACAUGACAUCAUCGUCACGGCUUAUAGCCCUUUAAGUAAUCCGCAGCGGCGCAUGUCUGAAUCGUUGCAGCUGAAUCUACUCGAGGAUCCUGUGGUCAAGAACAUUGCCGCAAAACAUAAUAAAAGUGCUGGCCAAAUUGUACUUCGCUGGGGAAUUCAACGCGGCACGGUAGUGAUUCCAAAAGCAUCGAGCGAAAAACAUCUGAAAGAAAAUUUUGAUAUAUUAAAUUUCUCCUUGACAGAAGAUGAGAUGAGCAGUCUAGAAGCACUGAAUCGAGGUCAAAGAUUCGUCGAUUUGCCUCAAGAUGCCCAUCAUCCCCAUUAUCCAUUUUAA